CAAUUAUCUAUGCUACGUGCUCGCCUACCGAGGAGGGCGCUCUUCAGCGCUGCAGCUGCAGCCGCCAUCGCCGUCGCCCCACGCGAAGAAAAGCCUCCCAUCUACCCUGUCCCCGAACCUCAACUCGUCCUCAUUGACACACCCUCAGAACUCGAGCGUCAGAUUCGCUUAGGUCGAGAACGGUUAACUGCGAGGUAUGCGGACUCGUAUGCGUAUGUGCAAGGGUGGGUGGACAGGUGGAUUGGUGUUGAGCAGGCUGUUGAACAGCGAAUAAAGAGUUUCAAGGCUCCUGACGAACAGCUCACACCGGGUAUUCUCUAUGUCGGCGUCGCAACGCUCUCAGGAUCCAUCCUCGCACGCUCAAGAGGUCUACCUACACGUUUCCUCCUCCCACCAACUCUCUUCCUCCUCUCAUUCAACCACUUCCUACCAAAAACCACUUCGAACAUAGGCGCAUAUGUCUCAGACCUCGAACAUACAUACGCACCACGUGCUGCACAGUUCACUGACACUGCUGUCGCACAUACGCAGAUGACAUGGGAGAUGGCGAAGGAUAAAGUUGGUGAAGGGAGAGCAGCGUUGGAACGUGGUGUUGAGAGUGCUGUCGGUUCAGUGCAGGGUGCGACUGGACUUAAACUUCGAGAGGCGCUCGGGAUGUCUCGGGCGUUUGGAAAGGUUGCUGAGGAAAGAGGACGGGAGGCUCUGACGGUUGCAGAAGGGCAGGGUAAAGCUGCGCUGCAUGUUGCGGAAGAGAAGGGAAGGGAAACGGCGAAGAAGAUUGAAGAUGCUGUUGAGAAGAAGGUAGAUGAGGUGAAGAGGCUUGUGUAGCGUGAAAAAAAAUAGAUUAAUUGUUUCGUCGAAUGGACAUAUUGCGUAUUAAGUUGGCACAACGUCUAGAGUGUCAUUUCCAUGCUCAGAAUAGUUUCUACUUUUUCUUCGGUGUAGAUUUGGCAUUUGCUUUUGAAGGUGAAGUGUUUGACCCUGCCUGGAUCGAAUUAUCCCCAUCAGCAGCAGCAACAACCCACUCGUCUCCCAUCUCCACACCUCCCAACUCCUCAAAUUUCCUGCGAAAUCGACCUAAACGACCGGUACCCGCACCCUCUACAUCCUCCGGGUUGCUUCCUGCAAGCCAUGGAUUCCAUAACGGAUUAUUCGUCGUAUCUCGCGUGAGCUUGAUAGAAGAACGCGGGGAUGUUGUCCAGUGGAUGAAGGUGCUUCCGUCGGAGAGUAUAACGCGUUGUGGGAAGUGUGGGACGACGGGGUUGGGGAGCUUUGGGGCGCGACGACGCCAGACGUGUGUACGGCC